UUUCUCCUCUCCCUUGAAAACUCGAACCGGAGAUUUUCCUCUCCAAAAGAAAAAACAGAAGCUAGAAAGAGAGACAGAUUUUUCCUCGGAUAAAACACCAGUCUCUCAGUUCAACGCGGAAACCCUUCUGAAGAGGGUUGUUUGUUUUUUUAGGAAGCAGAGAAGGAAGAGUCUUUGUUCGGGUUCUGAUCGGAUCCGAGUGUCUGGCUCGGCCCGCAUUUUCAGGAGUGUUACCGGUCACAAGAUGGUUGCUCAGGACUUCCAGGUCGAUUUGAAUAAAGCCCUUGUAUUCCAGGUUGGCCAUCUUGGAGAAGCAUAUCAAGAGUGGGUUCACCAGCCUAUUGUCUGCACAGAAGGCCCUCGAUUUUUUGAAAAUGAAUUUUGGGAGUUCUUGACCCGCACCGUGUGGUGGGCAGUGCCUACCAUAUGGCUCCCAGUGGUGAGUUACUUCAUCUCCAAGUCCGUACGAAUGGGUCAUACCUUUCCUGAAAUAGUUCUGAUGGUUCUUUUUGGCAUUUUUGUGUGGACAUUGCUUGAAUAUACAUUGCAUCAUUUCCUUUUCCACAUUGAAACAACGAGCUACUGGGGGAAUACCGCACAUUAUCUUCUCCACGGCUGCCAUCACAAACACCCAAUGGAUGGGUUGCGACUUGUUUUCCCUCCCACUGCAACAGCUAUUCUAUGUUUUCCAUUCUAUAACUUGGUUAAGCUGAUGUCCUCCCCGUCUGUUGCUCCUGCUUUAUUUGGUGGUGGUUUAUUGGGUUAUGUCAUGUAUGAUGUUACCCAUUACUACCUUCAUCAUGCUCAGCCAUCCAGUAAGCUGCCCAAAGAUCUUAAGAAAUACCACUUGAAUCAUCAUUUCAGGAUUCAGGACAAAGGCUUUGGAAUAACUUCAAGUCUAUGGGACAGGGUGUUUGGAACACUUCCUCAAACCAAAUCAGCUAAAAAGAGUAGAUAAUUCUUGUAAUCGGUGUUAGAAUAGCAAGUAGUAUCAGCAAGCUGCUCAACCAAUUAUGAUUCCUUAACAUUCUUUAUUCUCCUAAAUUGAUUGUUUGCAUAAGUUAUUAUGUUUUCGGGGUGGGAUAUCAAGGAGGUUAAAUUAAGAAUGAUGGCUCUUGAAUUCGCUGGUUGUUGUUAAGGACAACUCUGUCUAUAAUGCGUGAUUUCUCAUUUUUCUAUGCAUCUAUUCUUUGCAUCUUCGGAUGAUGAAUUGUUAUGUUGACGAUGAUUCUACUUCUGAAAUUUUUGAUCAGGAGUCUUUCAGAAUUUGCU